UAUUUGUUGUUUUGGUUCGUUCUGUUUUUUAAAAAAAAAAAAAAAAAAGCUUGCACACUACACCACACACUGUUGCUGGAAAGCCACACUUUACACUCAAGUUCAUUUAAAAACCCUGUACCUAUUUCUGGACCAUAUUUGCAGAGCUCACUUGAGACAUUGUGACUGAGUGAUGACUCACCUCUAGUGUGUAAUUAAUAUGCCCACAGUAAGACCAAACAGUGGCUGCACAGUGUUCAGCAAAUAAUUAUUUUUUACAUUCAUUUAAUUUAACAUGAUGCAGGAUAAUUUAUUCUUGUUGUGGAUAUUUUCUGCUACACAUUAGGGCCCCUGUUCCUGUUAAUCUGCUGCUAAAACUUUUAAAAUGUCAUACAGCUGAAAUGUAAGGUCUUCAGUGCUUAUUAAGACAUCUGAACCUUUAGGGAAAAUACUAGAUCGACUUUUUGCCCUUAUAGAGGCCAACAGACAUGUGGCGUGUGAAGCAUUUUAAUUGCAAAAGGCUUUUACCUAAUUUUAACAUGGACAUGAUGUUAAACCAAACACAGUUUUAAAACCUUACCUAUAAUAUGGUUUAAUCUGCUAAUUAAGGUGAUGUCACCAAGUAAUUGCUGGGGUAAUUUAAAGCUGAAUGGACUGUAUUUACACUGUAAAGUCCAGUAGAUUUCUCUCAUAGAGCUGUAGCUCCCCCAAGCGGCAGAGCAGAAGUACUUCGGCUGCUGUAGUCUUUAAGUCGUCCUUGAUGAAGCCGCUUCAUCUCUCCGUUGGGUUGUUUUACCCACAAUUUCUAAAUCCAAAAUAUAAUGACGCUCCUUUUCAGAAUCAGCUGGUUUGUUUAUUAAUAUUCUCAGCUUUUUAAGUCUGUUCACAAAAUUAAACGGCCAGUGAAUAGUUUUAUAAUUAAAAUUAUUUAGAGCUUUUGACAGCGAGUCUGUAGAGGGCAGGGUUUAAAAUAUGUCCCUUAUUUUAAUAAGAGCUGCAGUGAAUGUGGUUUUCGGUGAAAGUCAAACUGUAUUCAUCUUUCCUCCCUCCGUGUUUUAAAAUAAACUUGUACUUUGGGCACUAAACUGAUGCACACUUGCAGCAGGCUCGGGAAGCUAAGAGCACCGAUUCUGCUGCUCAGCUUGUGGGCCCGUCGUGAUGCAGCAGGUCGGUGCUUCUCUGAAAUUACUUUGUUUUGCACGCAAGCUCUCAAACACAGUUUUCCAGUGUUCUCCACAAACGAGAACUGUCGACGCAUGCGCUGUUUCGUGUAAAUUUCAGCAUAUGUGACUCCAGCCUGAAGCGCCUGACCGGACAGUGCGUAAUUUUAUUUUUGAAGGCUAGAGAUGUUUUCCCCCAUCGCGCUCUUUCUAUUUCCCCUGCGUUUAAUUGCGCGCCCUGGCGUAGAUGUCAGGAGCGCGCACGCUGAGACGGAGCUCCGUCAUAACUUUUCAGUCUUUACGUCAACGCUGCUGCCAGUAACCCGUGCUUUCCGGUGUUAUGGCCGCUUGCAGUGAAGGGGACAGUUAUAUGUGGUAAUGGUGAAUGAAGCGGUUGUUUUAGGCAGGGGUGUUUGGUAUGGCGGUGACGCAGCUGCUUCGGCUUGUUACCUGUCGUUCGACAGCUCGUGCGACCCUUUGCGCGCAGAGGAAGUACAGCAAGGUGAAUGCAUCUCCCGCCUUAUCUGAACGACUGCAGAUCUUUGAGGCUCUCAGGGAAAAACGUGGAAAUGGGAAGCGUUUUGAAUCGACAGAAAUGCCCCUCCGUAUCCGGCUGGUUGACGGCCGGAUAGUUAAGGGAACAGCUGGUGUCACCACACCGCUCUAUGUUGCUCGGAGUGUGAGAUUGAAAGGAGCCCUGGUGAGUAAGGUGAAUGGGGAACUCUGGGAGCUUGGACGACCCCUAGAGGCAGACUGUGAACUACAACUUCUGGGGUUUGAUACAACUGAGGGAAAGCAGGCAGCCUGGAGAACAGGGGCGUGCAUCCUCGGUGGAGUCUUGGAGGGCAUGUUUGGUGCUGAGGUGUGCAGAGAAGGAACAUCAGAGUUCGGGCUUUUCUGUGAUUACCUGUUGGACAACAGUUUUUUGUCUCUGAGUGAUGUGGAGGCGAGGUGUAAGGAGGCGGCAGCACUCAAACUUCCUCUCUCUAGACUGGAGCUGAGUAUAGAAGAAGUCCAAGAGCUAUUCCAGAGCAGUAAGCUGAGGCUGCAGUUUGCUGAAGAGCAGAUGAAUGGCGCCACUGUCACAGUAUACAGGUGUGGAGACACUAUAGCGGUCUGCAACGGCCCCCUCCUCCCACACACAGGCCUCCUCACAGUCUUCAAGAUGCUGCAGCUGUCCUCUGUGACCCUGGCCAACCAGACAGAGUCCUCCGGUUUGACACGACUGUUAGGUGUGGCCUUUCCAGGUGAGAAAGAGAAGGAGGAGUGGGAGAGGGAGCAGGAGGAAGCGAGGAGGCGGGACCACAGACGCAUCGGGACGGACCAGGAGCUGUUCUUUUUCAAUGAAGUCAGUCCAGGAAGUUGUUUCUUUCUGCCUAAAGGAGCCCACAUCUACAACACACUCACAGACUUCAUUAAGUGUGAAUACCGAAGGCGAGGCUUCACUGAGGUCGUGACCCCAACGCUAUACAGCACUGCGUUAUGGGAGCGCUCUGGCCACUGGGAGCACUACAGCAAGAACAUGUUCACUGUGAAAUCAGAGGACUCUCAGACCUACGCUCUCAAACCCAUGAACUGUCCUGCACACUGCCUGAUGUUUGAGCAGCGUGUUCGCUCGUGGAGAGAGCUCCCUCUGCGAUGGGCUGACUUCGGGGCGCUGCAUCGUAACGAGCUCUCCGGCGCUCUGGGAGGUCUCACUCGCGUUCGCAGGUUCUGCCAGGAUGACGCGCACAUAUUUUGCACACCUGAACAGCUGGAAGAAGAGAUUGUGACUUGUUUGGACUUUGUGAGGAGCGUCUAUCAAGUGUUUGGGUUUUCCUUUCACUGCCUGCUGUCUACGCGACCCACGCCGUGCCUGGGGGAGCCUGAACAGUGGGACACUGCUGAGCAGCAGUUAGAGAGGAGUCUGCAGCAGUUUGGUGAACGCUGGGAAUUAAACCCAGGAGACGGAGCGUUCUACGGACCAAAGAUUGACAUCCUGAUCAAAGAUGCUAUUGGCAGACAGCACCAGUGUGCCACGAUCCAGCUGGACUUCCAGCUGCCAAUCAGAUUUGACCUUCAGUACGUCGGACGAGACGGACAGUUGCACAGACCAGUAAUGAUCCACAGAGCAGUGCUGGGAUCGCUGGAGAGGAUGAUGGCCAUACUGGCUGAAAACUUUGGAGGGAAAUGGCCUCUGUGGCUGUCUCCGGCUCAGGUCGCAGUUAUUCCUGUGGGGGGCAACAAUGAGUCGUACGGCAGGCAGGUGGUCCAGCAGUUCCAUGAAGCUGGCUUUAUGGCAGAUCUGAAUGACGAUGAGGGAGCCACCUUAAAUAAGAAGAUCCGCUCUGCUCAGCUCGCCCAGUAUAACUACAUAUUUGUGGUGGGUGAUAAGGAGCGUGAGAGUGGAACAGUGAACGUGAGGAGCAGAGGGGGUAAACAGCUGGGCAGGAGGCCGACAGAGGAGGUGCUGAUGUCCCUCACAAAGCUACGGGACACCAGAAGCAACCUCGAUGAGUUUUGAUGAUGUCCUGGAAAUAAUGACUCACUGAUGAAAUGUUUGUUUUACAUGUUCAGCCUGUUGCACUUUGGCUUUGUCUGAAGAAGCGGCUGGUUAAAGUUGGAAUAAAAGUAUAAAACACUGA